AAUCAAACCAAAAGUAAGGUUAGAUCUUCUAAAUUACUCAAACAUUCGCAACAAGAGCCAGUUCCACAGUGUUUUUAAUUAAAAAAACGUAACUCACCCUCUCCCGGUGCGUCUUUGUUCGGUUCCGCAAUCAUCGUAGCCGUUCCCUGCGUCGCACUAUCAGCUGUGGCCGCUUCGCCUUGUUCGAUUUUAACUGGGGGCACCGUCGGGGGCAAGGGGACUUGUUGUGGUGUUGAAAUAGUGAUUGUUUGUGGUGCGCCUGGUUGUAUUUGUUGAACUUGCGACGGACUUGGAGUGACUUGCAUCGUUGUAGGUUGCGUAGAUGUCUGAAUUUGGCCAAUGAUUGUUCCUGCAGGUGCCAUUUGAGGUACCGUUGUCGAAUUCUGCAGAGAUUUCACCAAAUAGAGAAUAGUUGUUCAAAAAAAAACGAGGCGGAAGCGUCGGCCAAGUUUGGGUGAUUCUCCCUUUUUACCCUCACAAAAUGCACAUGUUUCCGAGGGGUGUAAAGCAGUUAGGCUGGCUGCGGCCUUCCUCUCUGGGGAUUUUACCCUCGUCAGUGUGCAGGGGUUUCGCCAGCCCUACGUUACCUGAACUCACUAAGGAUCGAUAUCCUCACGUGAAGCGAGGGGAAUUCGCGAAAUUGGAUCACAAUCACUUGAGAUUCUUCAGGGAGCUGCUCGGGGAGAACCGAGUCUUGACUGACCCCAGCGACUGUGAGAUCUACAAUGUAGAUUGGAAUAGGAAUGUUAGAGGCUACAGCGAGUGCAUCUUGAAGCCGAAAACAACCCAGGAAGUAUCUCGAAUAUUAUCCUUUUGUAACGAGCACAAGCUCGCUGUCUCGCCUCAAGGGGGUAACACCGGUCUCGUGGGUGGCUCCGUCCCCGUUUUUGAUGAAAUCGUUCUUUCCCUCAGUCUCAUGAAUAACAUCAUAAGCAUCGACGACACUUCUGGCAUUCUCGUAUGCGAGAGUGGCUGCGUGUUGGAAUAUUUAGACGAGCAAUUAGCCAAACAGCGGCUAAUGAUGCCUUUGGAUCUCGGAGCGAAGGGUUCGUGUCAGAUAGGCGGAAAUGUUUCCACUAACGCUGGUGGCCUGCGGCUACUCAGAUACGGUAAUUUGCAAGGCAAUGUGCUGGGAAUCGAAGCGGUGAAAGCCAACGGCGAAAUUCUCGACUGUCUCAGUACUUUAAAGAAAGACAAUACAGGGUUCCACUUGAAGCACCUUUUCAUCGGCUCUGAGGGCUCCCUAGGUGUAGUAACAAAAGUCGCAAUUCAGUGCCCCCCUAAGCCGGAAGCUGUCAAUUUAGCCUUCUUGGGAGUCAAUUCCUUCGAUAAAAUCCUGACGACUUUCAAAAGAGCUAAACGUGAAUUGGGGGAAAUUUUGUCGUCGUUUGAAAUGAUCGAUGAGCAAUCGAUAAGUGCAGUGAUCGACCAUUUGAAAGUCAAAUCGCCAAUCUCGGAACAUCCCUUUUACAUCCUGGUCGAGACCCAGGGCAGUAACGAUGUCCAUGACCAGGAAAAAGUCACCAAGUUUUUGGAAAAUUUGAUGGGGGAUGGGGUGGCGCAAGACGGGACUGUUACCAGCGAACCGAGUAAAAUGAAAGUGAUUUGGGAGUUGCGAGAACGGAUAGCUGAGGCGUUUUUACACGACGGUUAUGUCUUCAAGUAUGAUAUAACGUUGCCGCUUGAGAAGUUUUAUUCGGUUGUUGAGGUGAUGAGGAAGAGAUUGGGGUCGGAGGUUAUUAGGUGUUGCGGUUAUGGGCAUAUAGGGGAUGGUAACAUUCAUUUUUCGGUUUGUACAAAGGAAUUCUCGCAAAGUUUGUUGAAAAAAAUUGAACCGUUUGUUUAUGAAUACACUUCACAACUGAAAGGGAGCAUUAGUGCCGAACACGGAAUAGGUUUUAGGAAACCGAAGUAUAUACAUUACUCGAAAAGUGAUUCAGCUAUACAGCUAAUGAAAGAGCUUAAGAAAUUGAUGGAUCCGAAGGGGAUUUUAAACCCUUAUAAAGUCUUACCAUAGAAAUAUAGAUAAAUUUUGUUGUACAUAAUUUAAUCUCCACAACAUGGAAUUAUAUUUUUUGAAUAUUUAUGUGCACAUUCUAUAUAAUAUAUUAUAUUAAACAUA